AUGAAACCUUUUGUGUUGUUGUCCACUUUGGUGGCGAUCGCCAGUGCUCGACCGGAAGCCGGUUACAGCUACAGCCCCCCAUCUAGUUCUUAUGGAGCUCCGACCGGCGGCGGUGGAGGCUUUGGAGGUGGAUUCGGGGGCGGAAUCGGAGGAGGCGGCGGCGGCGGAAUCGGAGGAGGCGGCGGCUUCGGUCACGGUGGUGGCGGCGGCGGCGGCGGAUUCGGAGGAGGCGGUGGAUUCGGAGGCGGCAGCGGAGGAGGUUUCGGAGGCGGAAUUGGCGGCGGUUUCGGCGGCGGCGGCGGCGGUGGAUUCGGCGGCGGCUUCGGCGGCGGCACCACCAUUCAGAAACACAUCUACGUGCACGUACCGCCACCAGAACCUGAAGAGUUCAGACCGCAAAGACCCAUCUCCGUCGGUCAAGCACAGAAACACUACAAAAUCAUCUUCAUCAAGGCCCCAAGUGCCCCAGCACCUACCGCUCCGGUGAUCCCGCUCCAACCGCAAAACGAAGAAAAGACAUUGGUAUACGUUUUGGUCAAGAAACCCGAAGAAGCGCCGGAGAUUUCCAUCCCAACUGUCGCGCCAACGCAACCCAGCAAACCAGAAGUUUACUUCAUCAGAUACAAGACCCAGAAAACCGCAGGAGGCGGCAGUGGAUUCAGCGGCGGCAGCGGCAUUGGCGGCGGCUUCGGCGGUGGUAUUGGCGGUGGUAUUGGAGGUGGAAUCGGCGGAGGAAUCGGAGGCGGCGACGGAUUAGGAGGAGGAAUCGGCGGAGGAAUCGGCGGCGGAAGCGGAAUCGGAGGUGGAAUCGGAGGUGGAAUUGGAGGCGGUCACGGAGGCGGCGGCGGCGGCGGCGGUGUUUCGUCGAGCUACGGCCCCCCUGGCAAAUCCGGCCCCUACUAA